AUGAACAAUUUUAUUAAGAUUUUGGCUGUGUUGUUGGCGACUGCUGUGUCCGUUGUGUCGGCUAAAAUGCGAGUCUGGGUCUACGCUGGAGCAUACUUGGGGGCAGACCGGUGGUCGAUGAAGUUUUCGACUACUCAAAAAUGCUAUACAUUCAGCUCUUGCUUGGACGACGACAGCGUCGGGGCUGACUGGUCAGGUAUCGAUGAGUCCGCCAUAGUCUUUUACGAGAAGGAGCAAUGUCAAGGAGAAAAACUCAUCAGUCGCGAUUUCCCAAAGGGGCAGCUGAUGUUUUCAUCUUUCGACAAAGGCGCCAAGUCGUUUAUGGUGUGGUCUGACGGGAUGUAUGCGACGAGAGGCAUCGAGCUUGAAUGUCUGGAGCGAGCAAGACUGAACGCAACGAAUGCAACCAAUUCUGCUGGUGAAGUUGACGAUGCUACUCUACCAAGUAACGUCUAA